UAGUGAACUUGGAAACAUGUAAACUGAUGUUGUUAGUCUUUCUCAUGUGGAUAUUCUGAUGGAUCUGAUAAUUUACACCACUGGCGCAAGAAGAUGACUCCUCAAUCCUAAAUCACUGUCUUUUCAUGCAUAUGUAUCUCACUGUCUUCUUAUUCUAACUGAAUGCUACGAUUUCUGGGUUUCAGGUCCCGCAUCCUGCAUUGUCCACAUUGUCAUCUACUUGUCUGUCUCCUAGGAAUGUUCUAAAUGAGAUGUAGGACCACUAUGUCUGGCUUGAUCGACGGUCUUCCUGAUGCAGUUGCCCUAAGGUGCCUGGCGCGCGUGCCUAUCCACCACCACCCCAACUUGGAGCUUGUUUGCCGCUCCUGGAGAGCUGCCCUUCGCAGCUCUGAGAUUGCCAGGGCCCGGCUUGAGGUAGGUGCAUCGGAGGAGCUUCUCUGUGUGUGUGCCUUUGAACCUGAGAACGUGUGGCAGCUCUACGAUCCUCUCAGUGACCUCUGGAUGACCCUCCCCAUUCUGCCCUCAGCAAUUAGGCACCUUGCCCACUUUGGUGUUGUGUCUACAGCAGGGAAGCUAUUUGUACUUGGCGGUGGCAGCGAUGCUGUUGAUCCUUUGACUGGCGAUCAUGAUGGGAUCUUUGCCACUGAUGAGGUGUGGUCUUACGACCCCAUCCUCCGUCAGUGGGCCCGCCAAGCACCCAUGCUUGUCCCUCGUGCUAUGUUUGCAUGCUGCGUGUUGGAUGGAAAGAUUGUUGUUGCGGGUGGUUUUACUAACUGCCGGAAGUCGAUCUCAAAGGCUGAGAUUUAUGAUCCUGAGAAGGAUGUGUGGGAACCAAUACCUGAUCUCCACCACACGCAUAAUUCUGCAUGCUCGGGGGUGGUGAUUGGGGGGAAGGUGCACGUCUUGCACAAAGGGCUGUCAACAGUGCAGGUGUUGGAGAACGCUGAGCACUGUUGGGCUGUCGAGGACUAUGGGUGGCUCCAGGGUCCAAUGGCAGUGGUCCGAGGCGAGCUGUAUGUGUUGAGCCACGGGCUCGUUUUCAAGCAGGACAAAGAGCAGCGGCGAAGGAAGGUGGUUUCUUCGGCAUUGGACUUUCAGAGCCGAAUCGGGUUUGAUAUGAUAGGAUUGGGGGACGAGCUAUACGUGAUCGGAGGAGUAAUUGGUCCUGGCAGGUGGAAUCUGGUCAUCAAGUUGUUGUCCGAUGUGGAUGUCCUUUCCGUCAGGAGCGAUAGACCAACAUGGCGCCAGGUGGCUCCGAUGACGCUAUGCCAUGGCACAAUACUUGGGUGUACGAUACUGAGGAUUUAGGUCUUGUUAGCAUUUGGGGCACCUGUUUGUUGUGAUAGUUGAUGCUCGGAAUGUGAGAUAUGGAAGAGAGUUUGGCAGGGCUGUUAACUUUUUUUCUUUCUUUUACCGUAUGCAUGCGUAGGUAUCCUCGUGAUGUUUGUUUGUAAAACCAUAUCAUUGCCUUCUCCAUGCUUUCCUGUGUAAGAGUUGUUGAGAGAGUAAAUUGGGCAACCCUCAUUUGAAAGAAGGCUCCUUUGUUAUUUGGUGAAAAGAAGGAAGCUGCCCAAGAAAAACCAAGGCUAUGCUCCUUUGACUUAUAUCUUUUUAUGGUUUCUUCUUCCAUCUGUUGGGAUAAAUGGACAGGAAUUGAUCCUUUA